UCAUAAUAGUUCCAAGCAAGACACAGCACAUGUGCAGUUUAUUUCCACGAAAAAUAAUUAUUUUUUCUGGUGGGGAAAGGGUAGUAGAUUAAAAGGUGAUAAAUAGAUAGGUUAAGUUUGCACAUUUUAUGUAGUUAGUGCUAAAUUAAAUAAUAAUUUGUACAAUUGUAAGUAGUACACUACAAAAAGAAAAAUGUCGGAACGUAAAGUAUUAAAUAAAUAUUAUCCCCCGGAUUUUGAUCCGUCGAAAAUUCCGCGCAUGAAAUUAGCACGGAAUCGACAAUAUACAGUUCGGUUAAUGGCACCUUUCAAUAUGAGAUGUAAAACAUGUGGGGAAUAUAUAUACAAAGGAAAGAAGUUUAACGCGCGCAAAGAGGAUGUCGAAGGCGACGAUUACUUAGGGAUUCGUAUUUAUAGAUUUUAUAUAAAAUGUACACGAUGUCUACAAGAAAUAUCUUUUAAAACCGAUCCAAAAAAUACUGACUAUGAGAUAGAAGCUGGGGCAACGAGGAAUUUUAUGGCUUUGAAACUAGCAGAAGAACAAGCACAAAGAGAAGAAGAUGAGGAAAAAGAAGAAGAAGCUACAAAUCCAAUGAAGCUUUUGGAGAAAAGGACGCAACAAUCUAAACAGGAGUUGGAAUUAUUAGAAUCUUUGGAAGAGUUAAAGGAUCUUAAUCGUCGUCUAUUGCAGGCAAUUGAUUUUGAAGAAAUGUUAGAACAGUUUAACACGCCUAAACAGAGGCUAGAGAAAGAACAAGAAGAGUUAGAUGAACAAUAUAUUAAGUCAGUAUUUGGCAAUAAAAACCAAAAAAGGAUUGUUGUAGAAGAAGAAAUCGUGGAACUAGACGAAAAAGAAAGUAGUCCUCCUAAAAAAAUUUUUAAAACAAAAACGAAAGAUAAGGAAAGUGAUAGUUUAGAUUCAAAAGAGCAUUCCUCAGAAUCUAAAGAAACUAUUGAUAUAAAUUUAUCGGGACCAUCUACAAGUACAAAUACUUCUAAAAAUACUACUAAAAGUUCAAUAUUUUUAAAAGAUACCAAAGCAUCAUUUAAUAAGAAGAACUUAGUUAUUGUUAAAAAGAAAGCAAAUUUAGGUGUAAAAACUAAUUCGGAUACCACUAGUGAGAAAGAAGUUUCAGGAAAGACCGUUGUGUUACCAGAAACGAACUCAAAGAGUGAUGAAAUUAAAGUUAACAAUGAUUGUGAAAAUACAGUGCCUACAUCCAGUAACAUUGGAAAUGGUCUUUCUUUAUUAACAGAAUAUUCUGACAGUAGUGACAACGACAGUAAUUAAUAGAGCAAGUAAUGGCGACGACAAGAAUGUUUCUUACAGGAUGCCAAACCCUCUACUCCUAAAACACAAAAACAUAAUAAAUCAGGUAAGUAAAACUAAUAGUUGGUCU